AGGUCUCACCUGGUUCUUCGUCAGGCUGGGGGGGCACAGAGACUGAACAUGGCACAAACUUUCACUGAGGCGGAUACAUGGAAGGCAACGGAUAUCCCGAAGCUGCUCAAGGAGGCUGCUACUCACUUCCUCGAUGACGACAACGUCAAGUUCACCCCGACCAGCGGGGGCGUGAACAACCUGGUCCAGUACGUCGACACCAGCGAUGGUCAGCGGUAUGUGAUGAGGAUCUACAACAACGGCGGCAACUCCGUGCGCGUCAAGUACGAGCAUGCCGUGCUCAAGGAGCUGAACAAGCAGACCAUGUCCUUCAAAGUCCCCGACUACGUGCCGAGCAAGAAGACUGGAGAUACCCACGUGCUCCUGUCCAACGGCGCAGAAGCUUGCAUGUGCCACACCAUCCCUGGAGAGCUUCCCAAGUCGGCAGAGCCAGCGAGCAUCGGCAGGGCGGCAGGAGAACUGCUGGUGGCUCUGGGCAACGUGAAGAUCGAGCUCAAGUCCCCGACUCCCCCCUACUUCGACAUCUACAAGGUCCACCAUGCGAUCUCGAGGGAGAAAUUCUUCGAGGAGAUCCAGAAACCCUGGGCCGACAGCUGCAAGGAGUCGAUGAACAUCAUGGUCCAAGAGUUCGAGAGGAUCGAGAAGCGCCUGGAGGAGCUCAAGUCCCAGAACCUCCCCUUCCAGCUCAUCCACGGCGAUCUUCACUUUGACAACGUCCUCUACGACGGAAAGAAGGUGACUGGUCUGCUGGACUUCGAGUUUGCUGCGGAGGACUGGAGAGCAAUGGAGCUUGCUGUCUGCCUUUCCAAGUACGCUGCGGAGAAAGAUCCCUUUAACCUCAUGGACUCGUUUGUCUCUGGAUUUUGUGAGUAUGGCGAGCUGACAAGGAAGGAGGUGGAAGGAAUUCCUGAUAUGAUCAACCUGAGGAUCAUGUCCAAUGUACUUUAUUUCAUCGGAAGAGCUCUUGCCAAGGAGGACACCAUCGAGGCUCUGACGUCCCGUGCUGACAUGUACGCUGAGAGGAUCCAGUGGGUCAAUGCGAACAGACAGGCUAUCAUCAAAUCUCUCUCCUCACCCAUAGAGAAGAAGCUCGCCGACAAGGCCUGGAAGCUCUGAUAGCAUAAAGCAUGCGCAACACAUG